GGAUGUGUAAAUACGUAUUAAAGGAAGCUGUAGUCGGUGUUGUUAUGUUCAUUAAGACAUUCUUCACUGGAUUGUCGCAAAAGAAAAGGGCUUUACAUAAUAACGUGCAUGCUUUUUCACGUGAAAUGCCCCUUUAAAAGGAGGCUCCGUUUGAACCCGUUCAGACGCAUCAGGGGCCAGCCGACAGUGGAAUAGUGGUCUGCGGUUUCUGCAUCAUUCUGUGUCAAGCAUCGCAUUCAAAAUGGUGACUUCGUACCCCUUACCGGAAGGAUUCUCUGAAUUCGAUGUGUUCUCCUUAGGCUCUGCUCUUCUCGUGGAGGGUCUCGUUGGAAUCUUUCUCAAUGGCCUGACUCUGAUUUCUUUCCUUAAAGUAAGGGAAUUACGAACCCCGAGCAAUUUCCUCGUGUUCAGUUUGGCUAUGGCUGAUGUCGGGAUUUGUAUGAAUGCGACUGUGGCCGCUUUCUCUAGCUUUUUGAGAUACUGGCCCUACGGCUCAGAGGGAUGUCAAACUCAUGGAUUCCAAGGCUUCGUGACAGCUUUGGCCAGUAUCAACUUCAUCGCUGCUAUUGCCUGGGACAGAUACCACCAGUACUGCACCAGAACUAAAUUACAGUGGAGCAGUUCUGUGACUCUGGUCAUCUUCAUCUGGCUGUUCACUGCCUUCUGGUCUGCCAUGCCUCUGAUUGGCUGGGGAGAGUACGACUAUGAACCACUGAGGACCUGCUGCACCCUGGACUACUCCAAAGGCGACAGGAACUACGUGUCGUACUUGCUCCCUAUGGCCUUCUUCAACCUGGUCAUCCAGGCCUUCACUGUGCUGUCCUCCUACCAGUCCAUUGAGAAGAAGUUCAAGAAGACCGGUCAACACAAGUUUAAUACCAGCACACCUCUGAAAACGCUGCUUCUGUGCUGGGGACCCUAUGCCAUACUGUGCCUGUAUGCAGCUGUGGAGAAUGCCAACCUCGUUUCUCCCAAACUGAGAAUGAUGGCGCCUAUUCUGGCAAAGACCUCCCCGAUCUUCAAUGCCUUCUUGUAUGCCCUUGGAAAUGAGAACUACAGAGGAGGAAUUUGGCAGUUCCUCACUGGGCAAAAGAUUGAAGUGCCUCAAACUGACAACAAGUCCAAAUAAAUUAAACAUUCACGAAUUACACUCAAUGUUCCUAUGCUUUCUGUCAAGGUAUGACACAAAUUCAGCCUGUCAUCAUUGAAACCUGAAUAUUCACCCAUUGCUCUAUUUAUUUUCAUUUGUUGUACAUAAGCAGGUGUGGGUGAGGUCAGGUCAGCCUUGUAUUUCAGUGGCCAAUUUAAGUGUUCCUAGAUUGAAAUAUGUCUGUACUGUGCCCUGUUUAUGUAUUAAGCAUUCAUUUUCACAAGCAUUUCAUGAGUUCUGACAUUGACGGUGCAGGUACUGGUUGGCCUCAGUAGUCCACUCCAUUCAACGGAUUGAGUAAGGACCUGUUACACCCAUAUAUUUAGUUGCAGACUGAGGCUGAAAUAAUUUGUGUUCCUAAAGAACAACUGAAUUUUGAUUCUCUGUGAAUUUACAUUGACUUUUAAUUCAUGCCUUAUCAUUUCUUAUAAUUCAUUUUCAUUUUGUGCCACUUAUUCUUUAGCCAAACAACAUGGUUAUAAUUUUAAAUGUAUUAGUGUUUCA